UCAUAUGAAAACGCGAAGUUCUCAUUUCGAGUCCCGUUCUUUGUUACAUUGAGAGGAUUGAGAGAAGGCGAGUCUUCUGUGGGAUCGUGAUUCGGGUGUCUCGCGACUUGACGAUCACAAUUACGAAAGUCGGUUGAUUUGCAUCGAGUUAGGAGAACAAUCGCAGGCGAGGCACACCGAAGAUAGUCGAAUAUUAGGCCUGUUCUUUGUAGCUGCACUACUGAACUAGUGCAAUAAGUUAGAGUGAGAAAACGUAUAUUUGUUUCACUUCAAUAUAUUGCACCAGUUCAGCAGUGCAACUACAAAGAACAGGCCUAUUGUCGAGACGUCAUUUGAAUUCGACGGUUCGGGAAGAAAUGGGCGCGCAAGAAGUACUGCGAUUAAAAUCGUGUGAAAGUGUAGACGUAUUUUCCGUUGUGAGUCUUAUUCCUCGUCAGGCUAAGGACGAGCUGGAGGCGAAGCUGUGGGAGUAUAAUUCUGCUUGUGAACGGCUCGCGACUUUUCUCGUAGACGUCAUCAACUUUGAUCGUAUUACGGGAGACUCUCAGGAAGAAAUGGGCGCGCAAGAAAUACUGCGAUUGAAAUCGUGUGAAAGUGUAGACAUACUUUCCGUUGCGAGUCUUAUUCCUGGUCAGGCUAAGGACGAGCGAGGAGGCAAAGCUGUGGAGAUAUAUUUGACUUGUGAAUGGCUCGCAAUUUGGCGAUUUUUCUCAUGGACGUCAUCGACCUUGACCGCGCUAGAAAGGCCUCUAAGGUUGCACGACUAAAAGUAAAUCGAAGAUAACCUAUCGUUGUUUGAGACGCUAUUUCGGCUCGAGUUACGAUGAAAACGAGCGCAAAGUUUUUCGGUGAAAAUUGCGCGAAAUGGCGAGUGAGCGAGCAAGCGACGAUCGAAUGUUU